AUGGUCUUACGGGAGGUUGAGAAUGAUGCACCGUGUGAAGAGGCUAGGACAGUGAGGUCGACGACCCCGGUGGUGAACAAUCCGUUGGCUCCGGAGCCGGUACACGUAAGUGACAUUCAUCAGUUUGUGUCUUUAGAUUCUUCCGGCAGUGGGUUGUUUUCCCCUCCAUCAGUAACGGUUGAAACUGAGGACACGGUGUCCCCUUUGCACGACCCUGUGGAAGCUCCGGGUUCAGAGACUUUGUCCAGCUUGGGAGCAGCCCCGCCUCGCGCAUCUUGUCAUGACCCAGCCGGGUCACCAGACGGACCCACCCUGAUAAUUUCAGCCGAGGGGGCUGAUGUUGUCCAUCACGGAAUGGUGCCCUAUACACUGGCAACAAAUAGCAGGGUGUUUUCUCACCACGUGGAUAUAGAAUUAGUAGAUAUUCUGCGCGAGGAUCUCGGCAAGCUAGCGACUCCAGACCUAUUCGAGCACACUGAGCCCACCGGCUUAGAUAAUAAGGCGUGGGCUAUGGAUGAUAAAGCCCAGGCGCAGCAGACUCAACAAGAAAACCGUUAG